AUGAGUCAUUUCAACCUCAGAAAGAAACCAAGAAUCUCCUAUUACGAAGUGGAAGAACUCAACAUGGACGAAUAUGUCUAUGCCGGUUUGGGUGUGUUUGCGAAGUCACCGAUACCGAGCGACGCCCGAUUCGGACCGUACCGCGGCAGGAUUUCUGAAAGUGCCGGCUCUAACUAUUGCUGGCAGUUAUACGAUAAACACAACAAACCGACUCAUGUGGUUGACGCGUCCGACGCGAACAACUCCAAUUGGAUGCGCUACGUGAAUUGUUCAAGACACCGGUCCGAGCAGAACUUAGUGGCUUUCCAGUAUCAAGGGCAGAUGUACUACAGAACUAUAAAAUUAAUACCUCCCCACACGGAGUUGUUGGUGUUUUACGGAGUUCAGUUCGCAGUCAAACUCGGUAUAGAUGUAAGAAGAUACAACAAUUCGCUUCCUGCAGUGGAACCUCAAGUGACUGUAGAUCCAGUUCAAACGGAUACAAUCAUACAAGAUCUUGAAGAUACCGAGGGCAGUAGAAAUGUAAUUGAAAAUACAAAUGAGAAAAAAAAUGAAGAGAAUCAUAAUAAAACACCAGUCAUAAAUCCGAUUACUAACAUCGUACACCGAGAUCUUAAUUCUAAACACGCCAAUGGACCUGCUUUUUCAGCAGAUAUUAAAAUAUGCAAUAAUCCAGCAAUCUCGGUUAAUAAAGAAAUUAACAUAAAAAAUAAUCUUAACUGUGAUUAUAAAUCUAUUGGCAAUAACAUGUUCGCAUGUGGACUCAUGCGCGUUCAAAAUGCUAUUCUAAUAGUCAUUAUUAGUCUAUUCCCCCUUCUUCGAGGUUUACUGGGUAAGUACGGUCCAUUGCAUUGUGUAAAGAACGCUUUUGGUUCCGGGAACCGGGGUUCGAAUCCCGGUAUGAUAUUUUGUCUCAUCUUGUCUAACAAGGGUGCUCAUCUCCUCGUAUAA